CUCGACCAUACCUGGUCACGCCCAGAUUGAGGUUAUGUCGUUAGUAAAUCGGUUUCCGCAAUGUGUUUACGUUAGUGCUAACGGGUUAAGAGUGCGAAAUCGCGAGUUUUCUUGUUGAAUUCAAGUUAAAUCAGUUUUUUUCUGGCAGAAAUCGAUUCUGUGCCAUAAGCCUCACUCUUGGUGAGAUUUUCAACGUUUUAAUGAGUUUUAUCGGUUCAAUUUCUCCUCGUAUUCCCUAAGUGAUCGGACGGUUCUUCUCCAUGUGUUUGAAUGAGUGUUUUUUUCAGGAAAAGCUUCGUGUUUCCUCCCGCGACUUAAUGUGUUAAUUUUUGUGUGGAUCAUUAAAGCUUCCUAAGAAGUUUCUCAAAUAAUUUCGUGCAAAACCAAGGGGCGAACUGCUGUGUGUGUCUUGUGAAGUAGCAGCUGUGGUAAGAUGGCUUAUUUUAUCGUAACAGAGGGACCAUCAAUGCUUGCCUUUGAUCUCCUAAUAAUCAAAUAUGAAGUAAAAUUAAGUUUGAGUCUUUCAGACCUCUUAGUUUCACUGCACUCUGAGCGCACUCAACUGCACUUUGAGUGCAAUGAAACAGCUUUAAUUUACUUCACAUUAUCUACGAUGAUGCCUUCUACACUUCAGCGUGCGAACUGGAUCGUUCCUUGGAAUUGUAAGAAUCUUAAUCUUAUUGAUUUUAAGGUGUGUGCUAGUUUUGAUCCGUUAUUACCUAAUUUUAUGGCAUGGAUUUUCUUUUUUAUAAUGCCUUGGAUUUUAUAUGGUACUUAAGUAAGCGUUAGCUUCUGUGAUAUUUCUAUUUUGCUGCUGCUUUUGCUGAACUAGACAAUUGUGCAAUUUAGAGCAAUGGGUAGAUGCUGCUGUGUGCCUGGCUGCAAAUCUAAUUAUGCAAGCUCCUCUGGUCCUGAUGUCUCAACCUUUAAAUUCCCUGAUCCUGCCAAAGAGCCAGAGCGUCAUGCAAAAUGGUUGAGUGCUCUCAGUAGGGAUAGCUUUACGCCUACCAAAAGUUCUGUAGUAUGCAUGAUCCACUUCCAUCCUCAGUUUGUUGUGACGCAUGAUGAGUUCAAGAGCAAAGAGGGCUCUAUCAUUCGAGUUGAGAGACAGAGACCAAAAUUGACUGACGAUGCUUAUCCCUCAAUCUUUCCCAACCAACCCAUAUACCGAUCAACUGUCCCUGCUAAACGAAGAAAAGAUCCUGCAGAGCGAGAGCAAGACAUGGCUCAAGUUCAAUUGAAAAGAAAUUUCCAGCUACAAGAGGAGAAAGACAUAAUCCCUAGCUUUGAAAAAUUAAAGGAGGGUCUUUCAAAGAGGAACGAAUCUUUAAAGUCAAUAUUACACCCUGGUUAUAUUAUUCUCAUUAAAGCAGAAGAUGAUGAAUUUGAUACAGUGCCAUUCAUCAUCUGUGCAAAAAUUUCUAAGGAAUUGACUGUGAAAGUUUUUAAUAAUUUUGCUGAGCUACCAGGAGAAAUGUUCAAGUCUUGUCUUGGCCCGAAUCUGAAAUGUGAUCGUUGGUCAAAAUUUGAUUCAUUGAUUCAAAUGUUACCACAGAGAGAUGUAAGGCCCCUCAAAGAGAAAGUAAUUUGUUUUGCAGAAAAAAUAUCUGAUGCAGUGGUAUGGUCUGAGCCAGUUGCUGAUAGUGAAACUGAAAGGGCAGCAAAACUUAAUUUCCUGGUUGAGCAGUUAAAGUUAGCUGUAGCUACCAAUAUACGCUACUCACCGGAAAUGCUUAAGUGGGCUGCUGCAAUUUUUUACACUUUCCCCGGAGCUUACAAGUCAAUGCGAGCCACGCAGCAAUUGACACUCCCCCACCAAAGGUACCUGCGAAAACUCCUCUGCAAAAUUGGAAAUGACGGUUGCGGGAUAGGACCAACUCAAAGGGCUUUUCUGAUAGAAAAAUUUAAAUUACUCUCAGAGGAAGAUAAAGUUGUAAAUUUACAACUUGAUGAAAUUUACACUAACUCAAAGCUUGUUUAUAAAGCUGGAAAAGUUUACGGCAUUGCUGAACAUGGUGCCAACACCUCCUCUGAUCUCACUGCUGGAACCAUCCAGGCUUUUAUGUCAUCAUCCUUACAGUCCAAAAAUAAGGAUGUCGUUGCUCUUUUUCCGGUACGAAACUUGGAUGCAGAAAUUUUGUUGAAGUUAAUACGGGCCGUUUUAAAGUUGAUGGUCGAAGUAGGAUUCUUCGUUCUAUGUGCCAUUGCUGACAACAACCAAGUCAACAAGAAAAUGUUUGACCUCUUGUGUGAUGGUGUUAUGAAGACUCAGAUACCAAAUCCAUACGAUCCGAGUAGACCUCUGUUUCUCCUGUUUGACCAGGUUCAUUUGUUGAAAAACAUACGUAAUAAUUGGCUGAACGCUCCAAAUCAAACUUUAAAAAUACCCAACUGUACGCAAGUGCCACUUUUCGAGAAGCCUCUUCACACUUCAAACCCACUUGAAUUUGAUAAGACUAAUUGUGAUCUAUCAGACCGGCCAGUGCCUAAUGAGGUAACAUUUGUUGAAGCAAAAUUUUCAGAUGUCAAAGACCUAUACCAUGCUGAGGCCAAAUCAGUCUUGAAACUUGGCUCAAAGUUAACAAGAAAAGCUGUUUAUCCGUCUUCAGUGGAAAGACAGAACGUUUCACUGGUUAAUGCUGUCUUCAGUGACUCGACAAGGGUAGCAUUACAAACUUUGAAGAAGGACAAAGUGGCAGUGUCAGACGGAACAAUCAUGUUCAUACAAAUCUUUGGUAGAUGGUGGAAAAUCUCCAAUGUUAAAGUUGAAACCAAAGGCAAAAGAUUGAACGAUAUGUGGUGUGAGCCUGUAAGAGAUUGCAAUGACAUGAAGCUUAAAUUUUUAAGAGACUUGUUGCUUUACGGUGAAAUUUGGGACCUUGCCAGUAGUCCCAAUAAACUUUCAGCUCAGACUCAUGCUGCCUUUUUUCACACCGUGAAGGCAACAAUUGAAUUGUGUGAGUAUGUCCUUACAGAUUUGGGCUGGGAAUUAGUCUUGCUAGGCAAACUCCAAACAGACAAUAUAGAGGGAAGGUUCGGUGGUUACCGACGAAUCUCCGGUUGUAGCUAUUUUGUCACUGUCGAACAAGUUCUGGAGGCAGAAAGAAAGUUGAAAUUACUCAGUAUAUUGAAGCUUAAGUCUUCCAAAAAUGGAGAGUUUUCACUGACCUCAUUUGCCGAAGAAUGCAAGGAAACAGCUAGCAAACUUGGUGAAAAAGCCGAAGAUGUCGACAUUUUUGAAGGAGCUUUCAGUGAAAUGAAUUCAAUCACUGUCACCCUGACUGACAGGAGAGUACUCCUUUGUUUGGCCAGCUAUGCUGCCACUAAGACCUUACAACAAUUGAGGCGUGAAGAAAUGCAAAUUUGCCAGGAGUGCAAAGAGACUUUAUUAUCAAAGGAACCUUUGGAAAUCGAGCGAGCCAAAGAGACUUAUGAGUACCUCAGUGGUUUGGAUCGUGGAGGUUUAAACCGACCCUCUGACUUCGCAUUCCAUCUUUGUAUGGAUGCGUUCAAACUUUUCCAAGCACUAAUUUCUCAGAAGUACGAAGAAAUUUUUUUGAAACUGCAUGACCAAAGAAAAGCUUUCACCACGCUUGGAGUGAAAUUGUGCGAGCAAUCUCUGGACGACACGCUUUUUUCAUGCGAGACUGACUCCUGCAAUUUGACUUUAAACAAGGUUGUCAAGAAAUUUAUGACAACCCUUGCAAAUAUCUUCUUAAAUAAUUAUACCAAGACACUCAAUGAUAUAAAUAUGACCCGCCAAAUAGCUAUAAAACUAAGCAAGCAAGAAGCCAAGCAAGAAGCCAAAAAAAAAGCAGAGGAGGCAAAGAAAGAGGCAGAAAAAGCAAAGCAGAAAGAAGAGAGUGCUUCGCAGAAAGCAGAAGACGCAAAUCAAGAAGUACAGGAACCAAUGAGGGCAUCCGAAAGCAAGAGUAAGUACUCUAAGGCAAAAGUAAAGGACGUUAAUGCCAGAAAAAUUGCCAAAUUGAGCUCCAAGGGCUCUUUGUAAGUAGUAAGUAUUACCAUGAAUCCCAAUCACCUAAGUUCUCUCAUCAUCACAUCGACUUGGAAUAGAAGACUAAAUACUUAUUUGCAGAACUAGGUGAUUUGGCAGACAGAAAAACAAUUUUUCAUUUAAACAUUUAAAAACCCUUAAGUAAUCGUUCUUUGAAUCCAUACCAUUCCAUUCAUUGAAUUCCUUGGGAACUUAAAAUUUUA